GGACCAGGGAAGGAGGAGAGGUUCCUCAGAGGAGGAGGACCAGGGAAGAGAAAGGGUUUCUCUAUGGGAUCUCCAGGGGAUGACUGUGGUGGAAAGGGCCCGGGGCUGCUAGGGGAGGGGCUAGGGGCCAGUCCUGGGGGUCCAGACCCUCUCUCCUCAGUAGGAGAGGACCCAGAACAGAGAGAGCUGAUGGAGUACAGACCAGACCUUCUGGACCAGAACCAACGACCAUCCAACAUCAUCAUGUUACGCAUGCUGCCCCCCAACGCAACCGCCAAAGGGUUCUGUCUAUCCUAGGCCAGAGGGUGUCUAUGCACUACAGUGACCCUAAACCACGCGCCAAUGAGGACUGGCUCUGUAACAAGUGUGGGGUUCAGAACUUCAAGAGGAGAGAGAAGUGCUUUAAAUGUGGUGUUUCUAAAUCAGAGGCAGAGCUGAAACUGCCCCAGCUGAGGGAGUUACCCCUGGGGGGGCAUCAGAAGGAUGGCUUACUGCCCCUCCCUGCCCUCUACCAGCCAGCUGCUACCACCUCUACUGCCGUCACCACUCCCAGGGCCGGGGGCAAGGCCGGGGCAGGGGGAGCUGAUACACAGCAGGCUGAGGUGGCCAACGACACUCUGAUCCUGAGGAACCUGGGUCCCCAUACCUCCCUGGAGUCCAUCCUGUCUACUCU